GCAGGCUGUCUGCCCGCUGGCGCUGGCGCUAGCCGCCCCUAUGCGCGCCUUGGAGCUGCGGAGGGCCUAGACAUGGGGUCGCGCGCCGUCUGCGGCGCCCUGCUCGUCGUCUGCUGCGUCGUCUGCCUCGUCGGGGGAGCGCCUCAGGAUGGCAAAUCUAAAGGCUGCACGUUUCCGCCCGAGUGGGAGGGCCAGUGGUUCCAGCUCGGACUCAACCUGGUCACGAUCAACGGCUCCCAGAUGUUCGGCAAGGGCCACUGCGUGUCCAGUGACGGCCCCCGAUACAUCAUGAUGGACAAGGGCUCGGAUGGACGGCAAACUUGCUACGGCUGCAUGAUCAUCUGGCAGCGACACAUCGACGUCCUGCAGUACAAGGAAGUGAAAGUGGAUUUAUCUGCAUGAUAUUUUACGAGAGGGACAGUCGUGUGAUAGAAGUGCAACAAUCUCAUAAAUACACAACUGUGCCAGAAGAGGCUUGUAGUGCUGAUUUCUUUGACCCCAAAUCACUUCCAUAUGUCACCCUUACAACCUACACGCUGCGCCCCCGCAAGUGCCCACAUGUUGGCCGGUAUUCAGUAACUGACCAACUUUCACAACCUCGCCAAAAAAGGAAAGCCGUAGAAUCAGGCAGUGCAGCAAGCGACCCAGAUGGUACUCAUGUUGACAAUUUCGCAGACUGUUCAGAAAAUAACUUUCACUCAUUAGUUGUUGGAUGUCAAAACAACAAUAAUGUAAUGGAAUUUCAUUCCAAAUGUACCAAUAUGGCCACAUCUUACUCAUGUCAUGGUACAUGGGAAGAAAAUGGAACUAGCUAUUUGAUAGCAUCUACCAGCAAGGCCGUUGGUGCUAAGCGCUUCUGCUUUAUCUACACACGAGAACUCAUGCCUGUAGCCCACGGAUAUAACAGGCUGGAUGGUAAACAUGGGCCAACAGCAGCUGCUCGUCGGUCUUCUAUCUUAAGGUUAUCAACUGUCGCAGAAUCUUGCCUCAGAGAUAUAGUUCCAGGCCACAAUGGGGCAUUAGCUUUUAAUCUUACUGUAGAGGGUCAGUGUGAUUAUGGGAUUGAUGGGACGGAUGGUGCUACCACUGCACAAUUAUCAGGUAUUCUCAUAACAUCUGCUUUCAUCGUUGUUGCAUCCCUCAGUGCACUGAGAUGAUGAAGGAGACCAACCCCCACCACCAGCACUCCGUCUUGUGAGCCUCUUUACUAUUAAAAAAAAGUGAGAAGUGAGCUCAAAGUGGUGUUUUGUGUAUCUAUUCUGGUGAUUUACUGUGUAACCACGUAAGCACCAUUUACUGUCCUAAAUAUUAAGGAGCUGGUUGGGAAUGGGGGUGUUGCAAAGUUAUCUAGAAAAUUUGCAUUGAUUGUUGUUACUGUUACCAACGUGAUUGUUGUUUGCGUGAGUAACCAUGUUUGCACAUAUUUGCUCAGCAAGUGUACUGUUAGAAAAGUUAAUACUAGUUUUGAUUAUUUUGAGCAAAGUAUUAAAUAUCACAUUUAAGCCAAAAAUUAUCAUUGUAAAAGAAUACUUUUUUAAUGUACAUUUUUAGACUGGAAUAAUAUUCCUUGUAAAAUUAUUAGUAGCUGAUAUCUCUUUUCUUUCUGUAAAAUUGGCUGAUACUGUACUUUGCUAUGUAGCUGAUACAAAAAGUGUAUGUCCACCGUAAUUUGAUUAUUGGCAUGUAUUUCAAAUUUGUUUCGUAAGGCUUAAAGUUCCUGAUGUUGGAAAUGAUUGAAUCUAUAUUUAACUUCAACCAUCUCUAACUGCAAAGCAUUCCAUUUUAUUUUAGUUAUUGCUUGUAGGGGCAGUACAAAAAAAUAUUCCUGGAAACAUAAGGCUCCUCUGCAAUUUCCUUGCGAGUUACUUGCAUUUCAUGUACAAUUAUGUCAUAUAUGCAUUUUUUAUUGAUCCAGAUCGGAAAGGGAACAAUAUACAGCUUAAUCAGUAUUGUCUUCAGUGUAAAUAUGUAGAAAACUAUUGAAACUUGGAUUUUGGGGGGGGGGGGACUUUUUAUUUUCCUCUAGAUAAAAUUUAUUGCAGUCAUUGCCUAACAUGCAGUCAGCUUUAAAGAAGACCACAACAUUGUGUAUUUUUUACAUUAUAAUUAGUGCGAACCAUUGUGUACAUAUAACUUAAGAAUAUAAAAUUAUAUUUUUCCCCAGAGGCUGGAAUACCAUUUUUGAAUUGAAAGUUUGGGGUCUUCAAGUGUGCAAAAAUAAAACUUUGUGCAUUUAUUGAUUCGUGUAGGAGAUGUGUUUGCUGGUGCUAUCUAAUUGUUCUGAAAAUUUUGUUGUUGUUGUUUUCUCAUUAUUGGUUUAGGAUUAUUAUCACAUUGUGAUGCAUUGCUUGUGUUAACAUUGAGUUGGGAAUAACAAUCAUUUCUAAAUUUAUGAUUAUAUUCCCUUUAUUUUUGAGUCAUGUCCCAGUCUGUGUCUCAGUUGUGUGAUAUCAUACUUAACACCUUAGUCAUACUGCCUGUAUAUAUUUUGCCACAAUUCAUGUUAAAGAUCAAAGUUUCUUUUCAUUACAGCAGUUGAGUCAAUAACUAAUGAUUGAACCCGGAAUUUCUUUUCAUUGUGGGAUAAGCAUGUUUGCCUGGCUCACUGCACUAUUUAUUAAAUUUGCAUCAGACUUUUCUACUCGUACAGAAUGGGCACUGUGGAUCGACUGUCAUUAAAAUCUCCAGUUAUUGCAUUUGACAUAAGAAUGAGGAGUGUAUAUUUCUAGUAAGAAAUAUUUCAGAUUUGAACUCUCAAAUCCACCAAAAAUAGCUGGGUGUCAUGAUUUUACUAUACAUCUAGUUAUUAAGGCACAAAGUGUGUCCAAUUUACCUUAAAUUGGAGAACCUAUUUAUAUGUGAUAAUGCAUAUGUGCGUUGUAGAUAUUAAAGUAACUUGUAUUGCUUAUCACCUCAAAUUAGCUUUCCAUUUUGAAUACUUAGAAUCAAAAUUUUGAAUUUGGAAUUCUUAAACUAUCACUGGCUUUCAGCCAUUAUUGUAUUGAUCUUUCCAUUUUGGAAUGAACUCAUAUCCCAUGUUUGUAUUCUACCAUUUUAAUUAUCCCUCAAAGGGCCUGAAACAUAUGGCAAAUUGUUACACAUGUAUUGUGUGUUUUGUGUCAGCAAAGCUCAGCUGAUUGAAUGUAUGAUGCUCUUAAAGUAUCAAAAUGUGUAUACCUGGCCAAGUAAGUGUAAACUAAUGCCAGAACGCUGUAAGUACCAAGUGCUCUAUGUUUCCCUGUAAUGCUUGACUGUGAUCUCGAAAUAUGGUAUGUAACUACAAGAGAAAAUUAGUAAAUUAAAAUUGAUACUUAAUUUUUUUUUGCUCAUCUUUGUGGAUUGUGUAAAACAAUAAUAAUACACAUUGGUUAUUUAUAAAUUAAGUCGGCCGAAUGAACAUACUUCCUGUGCAUUUAUCAUGUGCUUUCACGGUAUGGUCAUCACAGACCCAUCAUGAUAUAUUCAAUAUACAACGCAAUUUGUAUGGAGAACAAACACCUGCUGUCUACUUUAAGUGCUAUUGUCAGCAAAAUUCAUGUUUGGAAAUGGCAUUGUAUAAAAUAGGUGGAGACAUGUACAAGAGACAUUUUCCCAAUUUCUUGAAACCAAACGUAUGUCUGUUUGGUAUUAUUGUUUUUUUAAAAUAGCAUCCUGCUGACUUGGUACGAAAAUAGUACCGGUAAAUGAGACCGAGUGUGUGGUGUCAUUUAAGAAAUGUCUGCAUUUUAAAGAAAGUAAUUGACCUGUAAUAUAACAAGUACAUAUGUUGUAAGCUUUUAUUCAGAGUAGAAAAUAAUUUUUCCUGUGUCCUUAUGUUACAUAGUCUUUAAUUUGCUGUGAUUUUAUAAUGAUCAAAUCGAUGAAAGGUAGGAGUCAAACUUCAGAGUGUUCUUAACUUUUGGUGGGCACCUGUCAAAACACUUGCAUUCAGUUUUGAUGAAUUUGAAAUUUGAUCUCUGUACAAUGUCAAAAUUUAACUAUUGAAGGACCUUAAUAGCAGACUGGAAGAGUUCAUAAGUACCAGUCAUGACAGAAAAUAAUAAUUACUUGCCACACAUAACAAGGCUCAUUUAAAUUUGACGUUAUUGAUGAUAUCUAUGAACAAUUCUCUUUAUUGAUCAAAACAAGUAAUACAAACAGAUAUGUAAAAGAACACUCAAAAUUGGUCAGUUAGGGAUGAUUGAUUAAUUGUUAAUAGUAUGUAAUGCAGCAAAACUGGCUCAUAAUUGCCCAACUAGAUUUGAAGAGAGAACAACAUAUGUUGCACAUUCGCAGAAGAAAUCCUUUGACUGAACUAGACAUGGUAAAAUAAUAUUAUUGUAUAACAUUGCCCUUCUUGGGUGCAGUAAAAAGAUUAAUUCUCCUCUAUCAAUGUAAACUAUGGCAAUUACUGGAGAGAUUUAUGGUUCAUAAUAAAAGUUUAAACAAAUUGUA